AUGAAAAGGGGCGCACCAUCAAACCCCAAAACACCAAAGGCCAAGAAAGCUCGCGCAGAAGUUCCCGAAUAUCACUUAACCCCUUCUGUGCGAGACGAACACGGAACAGCGAUAUGGCCGGCCCCUGAAGACGCCAUCACAAAAGCUAGGGACUUCAUUCGAGAAUGUGCUGCGGCUGGAAAGAAGACUCUCAUAGUCCCUGAUAAAGAUGCAGAUGGUCUGACCUCAGGUGCUAUUCUGCAAAAGACCCUCAUCUGGCUUGGUCUUGAUCCGAAACUCAUAGCAGCGCAUCUUCUGAUGAAAGGCGCCAGUGUUCACGAUCAAAGCCAGAGGAAAUCCAUGGCUGCCCAUGAGCCAGCUUAUAUCAUUGUCUUGGAUCAGGGGUCACGAAAGUCGCCACCGCUCAUUGAAGGAUCUCAUAAGGCCCUGGUUAUCGACCAUCACCACGCCUUGGACGAGGAUUUCCCUGCAGGCGCUGAACAUGUUACGGCUUGCAAUUCUCCGCCAGUGGCUACGAGUUCCUUGCUUACAUACCACAUAUGCUGCGGGCUGCACGACGAUGUCCGCAGCUCCUGUGACUGGUUAUGUGUCAUGGGGACUCAUGGAGAUCUCGGAAAUACGCUCAAGUGGGAACCGCCUUUCCCGGACAUGAAACCAACGUUCAAGGCAUACACUAAGAAAGCCUUGAAUGAUGCAGUGUCUCUCAUCAAUGCUCCCCGCCGAACAGCAUCCUAUGAUGUGCCAGCAGCGUGGAGAGCUCUCACGGCGGCGCAGGCCCCGGCGGACCUCUUGAAGAACCAGGACCUCCUCGCUGCUCGGGCUGAAGUCAAUACAGAAGUCGAACGAUGCACUCACACGGCCCCCAAGUUCUCCGGAGAUGCGAGGAUAGCCAUAUUCCGGAUCAACUCGGCGGCUCAGGUGCACCCUGUGAUAGCAACACGGUGGGCAGGCCACCUACAGUCACCCAAAUUGGAGGUUAUCCUUGUGGCUAACGAAGGCUAUCUCCCGGGUAUGGUCAACUUCUCGUGUCGCAUACCGCGGAGUGCUAGGACUCGUGAUCCUCCUGUUAACAUCAUCGAGGUUCUGAAAAGCAUUGCCGACAAGGCUCCCGACCCCACGCUGCGCGCGAGGCUGGGCGAAUCAUUUGCUCGAGGGCACAAGGAAGCCAGCGGCGGUAUAGUCCCAAAAGCAGAGUUUGAAGAAUUGAUGAGCAUCCUUGAAAUUGGGAAGAAGCCUGAUGGGAACAGUCCUAAUAAGAAAGGGGGGAAAGACACUGCUGCGAAGCAAUCAAAUACCUUGAUGAACUACUUCGUCAAGACUUGA